AUGAAGCUCUCGAGCAUUGUGGCCCUGUCUGGCCUUCUGGCGGUUUCAGAGGCUGGUCCGCAGCAACAUGCACUGCAGAGACAUGUCUCCAAGAAGCCUAAUUUCCUUUUCAUUAUGACUGACGACCAAGAUCUCCAAUUGAACUCUCCCGCGUACACCCCGCAUAUCCAGAAUCGGAUCAAGGAGAAGGGCAUUGACUUUGUAAACCACUUCGUCACCACUGCGCUUUGCUGUCCUUCGCGAGUCAGCUUGUGGACAGGACGUCAGGCACAUAAUACUAAUGUUACGGAUGUGAGCCCACCUUGGGGCGGAUAUCCCAAGUUCAUCUCCCAAGGCUUCAAUGAUAACUGGUUCCCCGUGUGGUUCCAGAAUGCCGGCUACAAUACCUACUACACAGGAAAGCUUAUGAAUGCACACAGUCUCAGUACCUACAAUAAGCCGUUCCCGAAGGGCUUCAAUGGCUCGGAUUUCCUUCUCGACCCUCACACAUACUCUUACUAUAACUCUACCUACCAGCGCAAUCACGAAGCCCCCCAGAACUACGCCGGCCAUCACACGACGGAUGUUAUCACCAAGAAGGCUCUUGAUUUCCUCAAUGAUGCUCUGGAGAGUGAUCGGCCGUUCUUCGUGGCUGUUUCCCCGGUUGCACCCCACUCCAAUAUUGAUCCCAACACACUGGGCGGCUCGAGCCCUACUAUCAUGACGGAACCGAUUCCUGCGCCUCGCCACCAACAUCUAUUUCAAGAUGUGAAGCUGCCUCGGACACCUAACUUCAACCCGCUCAAUCGUACCGGGGUUAGCUGGGUGUCCAAUCUCGCGCUGCAGAACCAAACAGUCAUUGAUUAUGAAGAUCAUUUCUAUCGUCAACGCCUGCGCGCUCUACAAGGUGUUGAUGAAUUGGUCGAUAGGCUGAUCUCUCGUCUCGAGGAAAGCGGCGAGAUCGAGAAUACCUACAUCAUCUACACCUCGGAUAACGGAUUCCACAUCGGUCAGCACCGCAUGCCUCCGGGUAAAACAACUGGCUUCGAAGAAGACAUCCGGGUCCCGUUCUUUAUUCGAGGCCCCGGUAUUCCCGAGGGAAAGACCGUUAACAGUGUCUCGACACACAUCGACCUAGCUCCAACGUUCUUUGAAUUGGCUGGUUUACCGCUGCGGGCCGACUUCGAUGGCACGCCCCUGCCUAUCAAACGACAGUCCGCUGCGAUUUCCCAUGAGCAUGUUACCGUGGAGUUCUGGGGUUCCGCAGUUCUCGAAGGAGAAUAUUCUACGAUCGGCCCUGACGGUGACACCCAUUUCUCGAACAACACCUACAAGUCGGCCCGUAUUCUCGGCGAUGGAUAUAACCUUUAUUACUCCGUGUGGUGUCAUGGCGAGCAUGAGCUUUACGAUCUCACAUCUGACCCAUAUCAACUCCACAACAUUUACACACCCAAGAACACCACAUUCCAACUCCUCGGUCGGCCCUUGCAGGCCGUUAUCACCCGGCUCGACGCUCUGCUUCUCGUCCUGAAAUCCUGCCAGGGUCCCACCUGCAUUGAGCCGUGGAAGGCGAUUCAUCCUGAUGGGUCCGUGCAGAGCCUGAAAGAUGCGCUUGAUCCGCAGUACGAUGCUUUCUACCAGAAGCAACCGAAGGUAUCGUAUGAUCAAUGUCUGGAUGGGUAUCUUAUCUCCAACGAGGGCCCGCAGGUUGGGCUACAGUAUCGGGAUGGACUGAGCUGGUCGGCAUGGGCUUAA